AUGCGGUCUAAAUUCUUCGCGCUAGUACCGUGUGUACACGUCCUCGCCCAAGAUACCUUUGGAGUUGCCACUGGCCUUCACUUCUCCGUGGACGCGAGAGGGGAGAAUAUCGAUGGUUCGCAACCUAUCUACAAGAACGCGGAUGCUUCAGUCACAGACCGCGUCAAUGACCUGCUUCCAAGAAUGACUGUUGCUGAGAAGGUGGCUCAGGUCAUUCAGGGUGAUUUGAACGGAUGGAUGACCCUCAACGACCCGCUCGAUAACACUCUGACGUUCAAUCAGACCGGCCUUGAAGAGAUGAUGAGGUUGAAAGGAGGCAGCAUCUGGGGUGGUUACUUGGUUCCCUACGAAAAGUUCGUAUAUGCAGUCAACGUGGGCCAAAAAUACUUGAUGGAGAACACGACACUCGGUAUACCGGCCUUGAUUCAAUCUGAAGGUCUUCACGGCUUCACGAACAAAGGCACCAUCUUCCCCUCUCCAAUCGGCCUCGGAGCCUCAUUCGACACUGAGCUCGUCAAGGCGGUCGCUAACAUCACCGCGACGGAAGCCGAAGGGCUUGGUAUCAACCAUAUAUUCGCACCGGUGCUGGACCUAGGUCGCGAGCUACGCUGGGGAAGAGUUGAAGAGGGUUUCGGGGAGGAUGCAUAUCUGUCUGGCGAGUUGGGGCAUGCAUUUGUUACCGGGCUGCAGCAGGGCAAGAGGAGGGGUGCAGGAGCCAACGCGAUUGCGAGGAUGGCGGCUACUUGCAAACAUUUCGCGGCUUUCGGGAGUCCUCAGGGUGGUCUCAACCUCGCGCAAGUCUCAGGAGGAGAACGUGAAUUGCGAACGACGUUCUUGAAACCUUUCCACAGAGCUUGCCUCGACAGCCUUUCGAUCAUGACAUCUUACUCCAGCUACGAUGGUAUUCCUACUAUCGCUAAUACGCAUAUGCUCACUGAUAUCCUUCGCGAAGAAUGGGGCUACAAAUACUGGGUAACGAGUGAUGCUGGUUCUGUUGAUCUACUCGUCACUCUCCAUGGCACUUGCGAUACGCGAGAGUGUGCGGCAAAAACGGCGUUGGAGAAUGGCUUGAGUGGCGAGAUGGGUGGGGGAACCUACACUUUCCUGACCUUGACUGAUCAAAUUAAGGAAGGAAAGGUCGACGUUAAGUACCUCGACGAGACUGUCAAAGGCUUGUUGCACGUCAAGUUCGCUCUGGGUCUUUUCGAAAACCCCUACCCAUACGAGGACUACACGUCCUUCAUUCGGACACCCCACUCGAAGGAAGUCCUUCAUCAAGCAGACCUGGAGAGCAUCGUUCUUCUCGAGAACAGGGGCAACAUCCUCCCUUUGAAGAGUGAUAUUGGCUCCGUGGCUCUCAUCGGCCCUCAGGCCAACCGUGUUACCUUUGGCGACUAUGUCUUUUUCAAUGCAUCUCUGAACGGCAUCUCUCCUUUGGACGGCUUCAAGCAAUACCUCAACGGCACCUCAAGCUCCAUGCAAAUUAACUUCGCUCAAGGCUGCGAACUGUGGUCGAAUGACGAAUCCGGAAUCGCUGCUGCCGUCGAGGCCGCCCAAACUUCCAACGUCGCGAUCGUCAUGGUCGGCACAUGGUCUCUUGACCAAACCUUACUGUGGACACCUGGCACGAACGCAACGACUGGCGAACAUGUUGACGUCCACGACCUCGGUCUGGUUGGUGCACAGUUGAAGCUCGUCCAGGCGGUAAAGGCAGCUGGAAAACCGACUAUCGUGGUCUUCGUUAGUGGGAAGCCUAUUGCUGAACCUUGGAUUAAGGCUCAUGCCGAUGCAGUGGUUCAACAGUUCUAUCCUGGAGAAUUAGGUGGACUGGCUCUGGCAGAAAUCAUUUUUGGUGCAGUCAGUCCGUCAGGCAAACUGCCUGUUUCUUUCCCCCGCGAUGUUGGCACCACACCGGUGUUCUACAAUUAUUUGAAAGGAAGUCGCCCCAUUGACGCUGGCCAAGUGCUCGACAAUGGCCAAUUGAUAUUUGGACAUGCAUACGUCCUGGACAGCCCUGUUCCUCUUUGGAGUUUUGGCCACGGUCUCAGCUACACAACUUUCAAUUACACCGAUCUGCAGAUCUCGCCCUCGACGAUCAGCACGACCGAGGACUUCACCGUCACGGUAACCGUGCACAACACCGGGUCCAUCGACGGAAAGGAAGUCGUCCAGGUGUAUAUCACCGACGUCGUUAGUUCGGUUGUGACUCCUAACCAGGAUCUUGUGGGUUUCCAGAAAGUUAACGUUCCUUCUGGCGGAUCUGCUACUGUCUCUAUCAAGAUUUUGUCCUCUCAGCUGGCCGUAUGGUCGUUGAGAAAUUCUUGGGUGGUUGAACCAGGUGCUUUCAUUGUGAAGGUCGGAACCAGUGAUCAAGUGUUCGCCCAAGGCACUCUCACGGUAGCAUGA